UCCUCAAGAUUUAAUAUCGAAGAUUGUUAAAGAAAAUUUGAGAGAGAAGGAUGUACGCGAAACUCAUAGAGAUUAUCAUAAACUUUAUAAAAAUUGUUGGGAAACUUCUCCGUAUAAAAGACCAAAUCUUGAAGAUGUUUUAGCUAUCCUAGUGAAAAUAUGCAAUGAAAUCAGACAAUCGCCUACAG